AUGGACCUCAUAGAUACAGCCAUAAAACAGGGAUAUUUCCGAAAAGCCAACAGCAUGUUGGAGGAUGAUAACCGGAAGAUGGCCACGCAUGUCAUUCUGGCCGAAGGAAAGGACCAAGGAGAAGUCAUUGCCAGGCUGGGGUGGGCAAAGGGACGCAAAACAGUGGCGAGAUUGAACUUGGUAACCGGCUCAACGGCAACAGCGGAUUGUCUGAUCGGCGCCGACGGCAUCCACAGUGCGACGAGGCAAUAUGUGCUGCGCAGGGAUCAUCCGGACACGCUCCCUGUGAAUCACAAUCGAUGGUAUAGGGUUGGGGGAAAAUUGCCGAUGGAGGAGGUCGAGAAGACACUUUCGCCGCUGUUUUUGAGAUUUGUUCCUAUCCUGUGUGGUCCGAAUGGCCGUUUCAACAUGACGCCCAUACAUUAUGGAAAGACCAUGAAUAUCGGUUUCUAUACUCGAGCACAAAGCGAUGGGGAGGUAGGAACGCUACCGAAUCCUGACGACUUUGUCAGAUACGAUCUAGAUGGCACGAAGAUGGUCGAAGUUAUCCAUGACCACGACGCCGCGCCUUACUUCAACAAGGGCAGAGUUGUCAUGAUGGGAGAUGCGGCCCACUCGACUUACCCUUUCAUGGACGACGGAGCAGGCCAGGCCAUUGAAGAUGGAGCUGUGCUUCAUGCGCCUUUUGCACAUGUCAAGCACAAGUCUGAGAUACCAGCUGUUUUCACUGCUUUUGACGAGGUUAGGAGGCCUCGCGCCUUGCGAGUUGUAGAAAUGGCGCGGAAUGCUGGGCUGAUGUACCCAUAUGACUUUGAAAGAUUUAGGUGCGCCAGUGACAGCAUUGAGGCACUUAAAGAUAGUUGGAAGAAGUUCGCGUCUUUCACCAACAACGCGGAUCUGGGAACCCAGAAUCAGAUGGCGAUUUCCGUCUAUCAAUGCAUUACCGGCCAGCAGGUAAACGGGGUCUAUUGA